AUCCCUGAGGUCCUGCUCUCCGACCUGAGCCGAGCGCUGGGCCUUGUUCUCCGAUCAGCCGAAGGUGUUCCGGAAGAAGGCGAACCCCGAGGCGGGCCGGGCAAGCCUUUCCCCGGGCCGGCGGAGCUCAACGUCUGGAGGAACCGGCCGAGGCUGUGUUGGGAGAGAGCCGGCAUCUGGCUCUGGUCCGGACAGGGGCCGAGUCCGAUCCGGAAGGAGCCGAGCGACGUCCGGGGCUUGAGGCGGCGGCGACAGCGCGGGCCGGGAUGAACCGCGACGGCUGAGGCGGCAGAGGUGCCGGCUGCGCGGGCCCGGGGGAGUCUUCCCGCAGAGCGCCAGCGCCGCUCCCGGGGCUUCGCCUCGAGCCCAGCCUCACCGUCGCGAGCCUUUGUGCGGCCGGAGGCGGCGGGAACGGCCAUGGCGGCCAACAUGUACCGGGUGGGGGAUUACGUCUAUUUUGAGAACUCCUCCAGCAACCCCUACCUGGUACGACGGAUCGAGGAGCUCAACAAGACUGCGAAUGGAAACGUGGAGGCAAAGGUUGUGUGUCUGUUCCGACGAAGGGACAUUUCCAGCAGCCUCAACAGCCUGGCGGAUAGCAACGCCCGGGAGUUUGAGGAGGAAUCCAAGCAGCCUGGUGUGUCAGAGCAGCAGCGACAUCAGCUGAAGCACCGGGAGCUUUUCCUGUCACGGCAGUUUGAAUCUCUGCCAGCUACCCACAUACGGGGGAAGUGCAGUGUAACCCUCUUGAACGAAACAGAUAUUUUGAGCCAGUACCUGGAAAAGGAGGACUGCUUCUUUUACUCACUGGUGUUUGACCCCGUGCAGAAGACCCUCCUUGCUGAUCAGGGGGAGAUCAGGGUUGGUUGCAAAUACCAGGCUGAGAUCCCCGACCGGCUGGCUGAUGGGGAGUCUGAUAACCGGAACCAGCAGAAAAUGGAGAUGAAAGUCUGGGACCCAGACAACCCUCUGACAGACCGGCAGAUCGAUCAGUUCCUCGUGGUGGCACGAGCUGUGGGGACCUUUGCAAGAGCCCUGGAUUGCAGCAGCUCCAUUCGGCAGCCCAGCUUGCACAUGAGUGCUGCCGCCGCCUCGCGGGACAUCACCCUGUUUCAUGCCAUGGACACGUUGCAAAGGAAUGGCUAUGACCUAGCUAAGGCCAUGUCGACCCUGGUGCCCCAGGGGGGCCCGGUGCUGUGUCGGGAUGAGAUGGAGGAAUGGUCUGCCUCUGAGGCCAUGCUGUUUGAGGAGGCCCUGGAGAAGUACGGCAAGGAUUUCAAUGACAUUCGCCAGGAUUUUCUACCCUGGAAGUCACUCGCCAGCAUCGUCCAGUUUUACUACAUGUGGAAAACCACCGACCGGUAUAUUCAGCAGAAAAGGUUGAAAGCUGCUGAAGCCGACAGCAAGCUGAAGCAGGUCUACAUCCCUACCUACACUAAGCCAAACCCUAACCAGAUCAUUUCUGUGAAUUCAAAACCUGGUAUGAACGGUGCUGGAUUCCAAAAGGGCUUGACUUGCGAAAGCUGCCACACCACACAGUCUGCCCAGUGGUACGCCUGGGGCCCACCCAAUAUGCAAUGUCGUCUCUGCGCUUCCUGUUGGAUCUAUUGGAAGAAGUAUGGGGGACUGAAGACCCCAACCCAGCUUGAAGGAGCUGCUCGGGGCACCACAGAGCCGCACUCGCGGGGUCAUUUGUCUAGACCUGAAGCCCAGAGCCUCUCCCCAUACACCACCAGCGCCAACCGGGCCAAGCUACUGGCGAAAAACAGGCAGACCUUCCUAUUGCAGACCACAAAACUGACCCGUCUUGCCAGACGGAUGUGCAGGGACCUGUUACAGCCGAGGAGGGCUGCCCGGCGACCCUACGCCCCUAUCAAUGCCAACGCCAUCAAAGCAGAGUGCUCCAUUCGGCUUCCUAAGGCCGCCAAGACCCCGCUGAAGAUCCAUCCUCUGGUGCGACUUCCCCUGGCAACCAUCGUCAAAGAUCUGGUGGCCCAGGCACCUCUGAAACCAAAAACACCUCGGGGAACCAAGACACCAAUCAACAGAAACCAGUUGACCCAGAACCGGGGACUCGGGGGAAUCAUGGUGAAACGGGCUUAUGAGGCUAUGGCAGGGGUACCCUUCUCUGCCAAUGGAAGACCCCUAGCUUCAGGGAUUCGCUCAAGCUCACAGCCAGCGGCCAAGCGUCAGAAACUAAACCCAGCGGAUGCCCCCAAUCCCGUGGUGUUUGUUGCCACAAAAGAUACCAGAGCUCUGCGGAAGGCUCUGACUCACCUGGAAAUGCGGAGAGCUGCCCGCAGGCCCAACCUGCCCCUGAAGGUGAAGCCCACAUUGAUUGCAGUACGGCCUCCUGUGACUCUCCCUGCCCCACCACAUCCUGCCAGCACCAAUGAGCCCAUUGUGCUGGAGGACUGAGCGUCUGUGGGGAAGGGAGGUGGGCCCAGGGAAUGAGCCCCGGGCACCUAAGCCUCCCCUCCUUCAGGACCCCCUGGAGCGGGCGGGAAGGGGCGAGGCAGUGUGCGUCCUGGGGGCCUGAGCGCCCUCUGGUGUUAGCACCUUGCCACUGGCCCCCUUCCUGGCUUCACUCCAAUGAUGCAGAGCCUACUGCAGGAACUUUGCGUGUGUGGGAUCCUAGCCUGUUUUGGGGGAUAGGACUCCCAGUUGUCUUGGACAGUUUUUUGGGGGGAGGGUUUUUUAAUUUUUUAAAAAUUUUGCCUCCCUUUAUGAAAGGGACUGGGGAAGGGGAAGAGUAAAUAUAUCAGGUGGUGAUACCUGAUUGUGGGAGGGGGGCGUGCACUGCCAUGUCUGUCCUUUUUUUUUUUUUCUUCUUUUCUUUCUAAUUGGGGGUUCCUCUUCCUGUCCGGUGUCCGGACUUUCCUAAUGGACUUUGAGGCCCCUAAGCUGAUAUCAACUUCAGCCCACGCUUGCUCGUUCCUUCCCUUCCCCCUUUGCCUUUUGUAUGCCAAUUCUCAGAAAUAAAGAUCUUUUGUCCAUUUUUAAACCUUGGAUUCUGUAAUUGGUUCUUAUAAUAAUGAAUAAAAAGCUGUUUUCUUCA